AUGUCAUAUACACGACGUUUGGGAAUUUCGACUUUCAAUCUCUCAUUAACAAGUUGUAUAUCUUCAACUCUGAUUAAAUUGAAAAUUGAUGUUAAUACCUUUGAUGAUUGUCUCUAUCUUCUUGAUGGACGUCUCGAAUGUUUAUCCAUAUUGAUCGUCAACAUACGUGAAAUUUCUAUGUCAUUAUCAAAAAUAGAUAAUACUAAAAAACUUAUUAAAUUAAAUCACUUUUCAUUAAUGUCGGUUGUUCACACAAUAUUUUAUGAUGCACAAGUUGUUCCACUACUUCAGCGAAUGACAAAUCUUGAAGAAUUAACAUUAUUUAUUUCAGUAUUAAGAAGUGAAUCGACUUAUAUUGAUGGCAAUUAUUUUUAUGAUGAAAUUCUUGUUCAUAUGCCACGACUAAACAAAUUUACUUUUAGUAUAAUCACUGAAAUUGUUAAGGCAAAUAUUGGAAUUGAUUUUCCAUCAAAUGAUGACAUUCAAUUUAGUUUCAAGAAAAGAGGAUAUAAUCAAGUUGGUUCGUAUUCCGACUAUGAUUCAACGAUGGGCGUAGCCAGAUGUCAUGUCUAUUCACUCCCAUAUCAAUUCGAAAUUUUUAUUAAUCUGAAUAACUUUUUUUCAGGAGGCAUGUUUAAUAAAGUUCGAUACUUAACAAUGAAUGAUACAAGUCCAUUUGAACAUGAAUUAUUUAAACUAGUGUCUCAAGAUUUUCCUUGUCUUGAAAAUUUAUAUAUAUAUAAUUUCUGUGCUCAAGAAAACAAACAAGAUUCAUGUACAUUGAUUGUAUUUCCUCAUCUUAUUGAACUCAGGCUAGGUAGAUCACAUAUAAAUUAUGCUGAACAGUUUCUCUUUGAAAAGAACACUCGUUUGCCUCGUUUACGAAAACUCAAGAUCGACUACAAAACACUUGAAAUGGUAACCGAUAACUUUACCAAUGAUGCAGCGCGUCUUAACUGUGCUAACUUGCAAAGUAUUGAUUUAGAUGGGCCGUUUGUUCGUCCAAAAAAUUUUCAUCAAUAUUUUUCUUUAUUGUAAAUUGUAUGUCUUUUGUUAAAAUUUGUUUCAAUAAAGAAUUUUUUGAAAGUUGAUUACAUAUUUUGGAUCAUGAUAUAGAAUGUUAGAAAUGAUUUGGUUUGUUAAUAAUUGGAAUUAAUUCCGAAAAAAAGGGGAAAGUGCCACCUCUAAUCUUCAUCCAAACAAGGAUCCCGAAUACGCGUGAAAACGCUUAAAAACAGAGUUUAUUUAAUGUUUACAGGCGCGCAGAGAGUAGUGGACGUGAAAAUGUUAAUACAUUGCCUAUUCUGCGUAUGUGCACGCAUACAAAAGUGGAAAUACAAAAUCU